AUGAGAGUCAAAUUAGAAGAAUUUUAUCUGAUGAACGUAGUUCUCUAUAUUAACACAUUCAAAUCUCUUUUGACGUUUUCUACGAUCAAUAAAAAGUGUAUACGUGUAAUGAAACGUCUUCAAAUCAAUCCUCUCGUAAUUGAGAAAACGCGUAACUAUGAUUAUUAUUAUAAAUAUGAAAACUACAUGACAAAUCAUUAUUCUCUCAACGUUUUAAAACUUUUUCCAAACAUUAAGACGUUGUAUCUACCUUCUUACCGAUUUAAAGUUCCAAAAAGUGUGACUUCUCAAAUUCAGUAUAUCAAAGUCGCAAAUAUGAACGACAAUGAAUUCCAAAUACAAGAUGAUACAUACUUAAAAUCAAAUGUUAAAUAUCCAAUUGUUUCACACCAAUUUCCUUUCAAUGUAAUUCAUCCUGAACAUCAAUUUAAAUUUCAAACUUAUGUGAUUUAUUCCAUGAACACUUUUCAGUAUUUUGUUGACAACGUUGACAAUUUGUAUAACGUUAAAGACCUCACAAUUGUUGUUCCUGAUAAAAUUAAAGACAAGAAUGAUAUUGAAAAUGAAAAAGAUGAAACAAUACCAUUAUUACAGUCAAUUCAAAAUAAAGUUCAUCUAUUUUUGGAACUUCACAACUUAAAAACACUGCGAAUUAUUUCAAGUGGCAAAGGACAAUUAAAACACUUUAUUCCAUUAAUAUGGGCAAAAGGAGGACUUUUUCUUGAUAAAAUUUUGUAUUUAAGAAACGACAAAAUGACGACAGAAGACAGAGAGGUGUUUGGGAAAAUCAAAAUGUAUUUUAAAGUGAUGAUUAUUAAAGUCAAAAAUUUGGACACAUUGAGUGAACGGAAUGUGCAAAUCUCUUUUUAUAACUUUGAAAACAAAAUAUAUGUUGAUGAACACAAUAUUCCGUUAAUUAGAAAAUACUCAAACGACGCUUUUAAGUGUUUUGAAACAAUUACUCUGAACAAAGAGUCUCAAAAUGACAUCGAUUUGGCGCAAAUUAAUACGAAAAAAUUGAUUGUUAAUAACGAAGAAGAAACCCCUUGGAACUAUCAAAUAGAAAUUCCAUCGACUCUCAACUAUCUUUCUGUUGUUGAAAAUGGAGUUAAAAUAGUUUGUUCCCAAAAUGUUGAAAUAGAAGUGGCCAAAACACUCAAAUUAAAUACUUUAGUUUUGGCCGACUCUUUCGACUUUUUUGAAUUACCUGAAUACUCUUAUUUUGUUUUAGAAAAUAAAGACAUUGAAUAUAUCAAAAAGAAUGUGACAAGUGAAAACGAAAUACAAAAAUAUUCCAAAAUGACUCAAAAGGAACAAAAUGAAUUCAGAAAUUUUUUAGUGUUAGUGAAAGACCUUCAAGUUUUAGAAAUUGAAGAACAUUCUCAAUUAUUGUAUGAAAAGGUCGCUGUCACAUUUGUUCCAAAAGAAAUUACAAGUGACAUAAAAUUGAAUAAUAUAACAACUUAUAAACUUAAUACAUACAAAUUAACACCAAUCGAAUUUUUAACUUCUUUAACUAAAUUAAAAAUUUCCUCUAUUGGAAGAAAUGUUUUGGAUUUGGAUACUAUAAAGUUAAUAAAAAUCAAGUGUUAUAAUAUUGGUGCUAUAACAAUCAAUGUAAAUCCCUCUUUAAAGUCCAUUGAUCUCACUGAAUGUUAUAAAGUACAUGUUGUAUGUCGAGUAGGUGUAGUUUAUUUGACUCAUUUUGAUUCUUUUCACACAAAUUACACAGAAGGUACAAACAUAGUAGUGGACUAUUUAAUUCCAUAUAAAGAACGAUGUGAACAAGGACCUUGUUGGGCGGAUUCCAUUGGGAAAAACUUUAAUUAUAUCAAAGGAAUGGUAUAUUCAAAUGAGCCUUACACGUCCAAUGCGAAUGGGUAUUACUCCCCCAUUGUAAACGAAUUGCCUUAUUUACCAGCAAACAUUCUUAUAGACCGAAUGUGUUAUAAACAAGAUGCAUCUGAAAUUUGGUUCAAAGCUGUCAAAGAAAUUGGCGAUUAUUGUUUUGAAGACUGUGAUUUUAGAUAUAACAAGAAAAUUGAACUUUCAGAAGGACUCACCUCUUUUGGGUUUGGUGCAUUUUGUGGUGCAAAAAAUCUUGUGAAAGUCUCUCUGCCUUUAAAUUUCAAAAGGCUGCCAUUUAAAGCAUUUUACAACGUCACAAGUCUCACCGAAAUUGAUGCAAAAGAAAGUCCAAUUGAAAUCGACGACUAUGCACUUUAUAAAUGUACAAAUUUAGUGAAACAUCCCAAAUUUGUUCCUAUGAAAACAGCAAGGCUAUGUGAAAAAUAUUUAAUAGACUUCUGUGAGUUGAAACAAAUUAAAGUGAACAGUGGAGUGACUGCUUUGACUCGAAGUAAUCUCUCCAAAUGUAUUCAAUUACAAGAAGUCCAGUUGCCAACAACACUGACAUUUAUAGGAGAUUAUUCAUUCAUUGGUUGCGUUAAUCUGAAAAGUAUCGUCUUUGGGGAAAAUGUCGUUUUUGGCAAACAUUUGUGUUUUGCUAAUUUGGUGCAUUUACAAAAUAUCGCUGUGCCUACAACACUGACUAAAAUAAGAAAUUUUAUGUUCAAAAAUUGUAAAGCACUUUCAAAAAUUGAAGUGCCAAAUUCAGUUGUAAAGAUUGGAGAUAUGGCUUUUCACGGGUGUCAGUCAAUCACUACUUUUGUUAUUCCAAGCUUGGUGUCUACAAUUGGGUAUAUGUGUUUCAAAGACUGCAGUUCACUGAUUUCAUUGUGUUGUUCUUCCUCUCUAAUAUUACCAAAGUCUACUCUAAAAGGAACAAAUGCGUUUAUUACACUAUUUUGA